CCCCAGGCCACUGAAGCUGGUGCCGCUUGGGUGCUUUUGCUGGCUGCAACGUCUUCUUCCCUUCGUUCUCUUCCUUUCUCCUCUUUUUGUCUCGACUACGAAAUAUCACCCUCUUCUUUUUUGUUUCCUUCGCUGUAACUCUCGACCAUGGCCGCGACGAUCCUGGCUCUUUGGUAGCAUUUGUUCCAAAACAACAGCUUCCCGUUCCCUUUUGACUCGCCAGCCCAGCUGCUUCCUUUCCGCCGUCCAACUUCGCCUCUCUCUCCUCAUAUCUCUCCCUCCCUCUCUCGCCUCGACGACUUUUUCUGUCCUGUGUCUUUAUUCCACACCCUUGUCUCGUUCAUCGUUUUUCGUUAACCUAACGCCACGCUAAACACAAACAAGGCUGUUUCUUCCCCAUCUCUGACCUGAACCUCCUGCUCCUUUGGUAACGACGCAUCCGCAACCGCCCCAAUUUCGUCAACUGUCACCACCGACUUCGCGUCCUUACCAAGACCAGCCACCUCGAGUCUUUCAUGUCAUCGCUCCACUGAAGCUCAACCUUAUUCCAGACCCUGCACAGCCUCCACACGAGUCGCCCCCUCGUUUUCUCCCGGUCAUUGACCGCGCACUACUCUUUACCUAGGCGCUAUAACCUCUGUCGAUAUGGCUGAAUCAAAUAACGAUCCUCCGCCAGCAGGCACGCGCCGACGAGCCCCAACCAUUACUAUAGACACAACCGACGGCAGCACCAGCGCCGGACCACUCGACAUGGCCGACAAUCAGCCUCCUCCUAUCCGAACCGCUGGCGCCGACACAUUGUCACCCGAUGAUCCCAUCUCCCCAUCAACUAUUAUCGAAGAGCCCCGAUCUAGCUUCUCGGCCCGCCCUGGAAGACCGAACCUCCGCGCGGAAACAUCCUUCGAGAGCAGAGAUAGCCGGCCAACAAGCCCUCACAAUGUCUCUAGCCCAGUUCUGGCCCUCGGAGAGCGCGGCGCAGGCUUCCUCUCUGUCCCUUCUGGCGAUAACCGAACACGACAGAAUUCAGUGGAUUCCGAGGAAGCCUCCCGCUCACUAUACUCUCACGGCGAAACAACGGUAGUCGCUUCCAAUUCGACCCAGUCUGAUAAGUACAAGAUCGCAUCGCUGAGCAACGAAAAGAUUAUGAAGGAUGAUACCGCGUUAAAGCCCGACGUCGGCACCGAAGCAGACUUUGAAGUCGACAACAACCCGUUUGCCUUUACGCCUGGCCAGCUGAACAAGAUGUUCAACCCAAAGAGUCUUCCUGCAUUUUACCAACUCGGUGGACUCGCUGGCAUUGAAAAGGGUCUCCGCACGGACCGCAAAGCUGGACUGAGUGUCGACGAAAAUAAGCUUGCCGGCAACGUCUCUUUUGAAGACGCCACCGCCGCCACCGAUGGCGCCCCCAGCAAAAAAGCUGCUGCCACGCUGCAGCCGACUACCACUCGCCAAUCUAACGCCGGACCCGACACCUUUUCUGACCGAUACCGUGUCUUCCGUGACAAUCGUCUUCCUGUGAAGAAAGGCAAGAGCCUUUGGGAACUCAUGUGGAUCACCUACAACGACAAAGUCCUUAUUCUUCUCUCCAUCGCCGCUGUUAUCAGUCUCGGCGUUGGUCUUUACCAAACAUUCGGAGGCGAGCAUAAAGCAGGCGAGGCCAAGAUUGAGUGGGUCGAAGGUGUUGCUAUUAUUGUAGCCAUUGCCAUCGUCGUGCUCGUUGGCUCGCUCAACGACUUCCAAAAGGAACGCCAGUUCGCUAAGCUGAACAAGAGAAAACAAGAUCGUAACGUCAAAGUAAUACGAUCAGGCAAAACUUUCGAAUUAUCAGUAUAUGACCUUAUGGCGGGCGAUGUAAUCCACUUAGAACCUGGAGACCUGGUGCCGGUGGAUGGCAUCCUAAUUGAGGGGUUCAAUGUUAAGUGUGAUGAGUCCCAGACCACUGGCGAAUCCGACAUUAUCCGAAAACGACCUGGAGAUGAAGUAUACAGCGCAAUUGAAAAUCACGAGAGCCUCAAGAAGAUGGAUCCCUUUAUUCAAUCUGGCGCACGCAUUAUGGAAGGUGUCGGCACUUACAUGGCUACUUCUACUGGCAUAUUCUCCUCUUACGGCAAGACAUUGAUGGCUUUGAAUGAAGACCCAGAGAUGACACCUCUCCAAGCCAAGCUCAAUGUUAUUGCCACAUAUAUUGCUAAGCUUGGUGGUGCCGCCGGUCUGUUGCUCUUCAUUGUCCUCUUUAUCGAGUUUCUUGUCAAGCUUCCUGGCCAGCCCCCCGAUGUUACACCCGCAAAGAAGGGUCAAGACUUCUUGGAGAUCUUCAUCGUCGUCGUUACCAUCAUUGUCGUUGCUGUUCCAGAAGGUCUACCUCUUGCUGUCACGCUUGCACUUGCCUUUGCCACCACCCGAAUGCUUAAAGAUGCAAACCUUGUACGUCAUUUGAAGGCUUGUGAGGUCAUGGGCAAUGCCACAACCAUUUGCUCGGACAAGACGGGUACCCUAACGCAGAACAAAAUGAUGGUCGUUGCUGGUUCAGUGGGAACAUCUCUUGAAUUUGGAGCAAGCGCUGAACCAGAUUCCAAAUCCGAUUUACCCACCACCCAAGUUUCCCCUUCCGAAUUCACCAACAAGCUCAGCGAGCCCGUCAAGGAGCUUCUUGUUCAGUCCAUUGCCCUCAACUCCACUGCUUUCGAAGGUGAAGUGGAUGGUGAAAAGACCUUUAUUGGUUCCAAGACAGAGACUGCCCUUUUACUGUUUGCCCAGGAAAACCUUGCUAUGGGCCCAGUUGCGGAGCUCCGUAGCAGCGCAACGACGCUCCAGAUUGUCCCCUUUGAUUCUGGCCGCAAGUGCAUGGGUAUUGUGGUGCAACUCGGCAAAGGAAAGGCUAGGCUCUAUGUCAAGGGUGCCUCUGAAAUCUUGCUGGCCAAGUGCACCCAGAUGCUUCAGGAUGGAGCUUCUGACGAUUCUCUUACCGAACUUCGCAAGGGAGACGUACAAACCUUCACCAACCGUAUUGAAUCCUACGCUGUCCGAUCGCUACGAACUAUUGGUCUCUGCUACAGAGACUUUGAAUCGUGGCCACCCCGUGACGCUCGUCGUGGCGAGGGCAAAAGUAAGGAAGUUGUCUUUGAAGACAUCUUCCAGAACAUGACUUUGCUCUCCAUUGUUGGUAUUCAGGAUCCUCUCCGUGAUGGCGUGUUUGAGGCUGUUAGACAGUGCCAGAAGGCUGGUGUUGUUGUCCGCAUGGUCACUGGAGACAACAAGAUUACGGCUCAGGCUAUUGCGAAAGAAUGUGGUAUCCUCCAGGAUGACAGUAUUGUCAUGGAGGGCCCUGACUUCCGCAAUCUAAGCAAGCUGCAGCAGCAAGAGAUUAUUCCCAAGCUCCACGUUCUCGCCCGAUCCAGUCCCGAAGACAAGCGAAUUUUGGUUAGACGUCUCAAGGACAAGGGCGAGAUUGUAGCUGUCACUGGUGACGGCACCAACGAUGCACCCGCACUCAAGACUGCCGAUGUCGGUUUCUCCAUGGGUAUCGCUGGUACCGAAGUUGCCAAGGAAGCAUCUGCUAUUAUUCUAAUGGAUGACAACUUUGCUAGUAUCGUCAAGGCUCUGAAAUGGGGUCGUGCUGUCAAUGAUGCUGUCAAGCGUUUCCUUCAAUUUCAGCUCACAGUCAACGUUACCGCAGUCGUCUUGACCUUUGUCAGUGCUGUCUCGAGCGAUGACCAAACAUCCGUCUUAACUGCAGUCCAGCUGCUGUGGGUGAACCUCAUCAUGGAUACUCUAGCUGCCCUUGCCCUCGCCACCGAUCCUCCUCAUGAUAGCGUCUUGGACCGCAAGCCCGAACCCAAGGGCUCAUCUAUUAUUUCCGUGACAAUGUGGAAGAUGAUCAUGGGCCAGGCUGUGUACCAGCUUGCCAUUACCUUUAUGCUCUACUAUGGCGGUCCCAAGGGAAUUCUCCCGCUACCGAGCGACUACUCACCAACACAAAAGGAGCUGGAUACGCUUGUAUUCAACACCUUUGUGUGGAUGCAAAUCUUUAACCAGUGGAACAACCGUCGUCUGGACAACAAGUUCAACAUCUUCGAAGGGUUGACCAAGAAUAUCUUCUUUAUUGCCAUUAGCGUCACCAUGUGCGCUGGACAAGUGAUUAUUGUCUUUUAUGGUGGCCAGGCGUUCAGCGUUGCGUCAUACCAGCACCCCAUCUUCUGGGCGAUUGCCAUUGUUCUGGGAUUCCUGUCGAUUCCCAUGGGCAUCCUCGUGCGUCUGAUUCCUGACCGAUAUGUCCUUGCCAUGAUUCCCGCCUUCCUUAAGAACCGUCGCCGCAAUGUUCCCGGCUUGACCAUUUCCGAUGAGGAAAUGGAGAUGUACCCGGAGCCUCUAGCCGAUGUGCGAGAUGAACUCAACUUCUUGCGCAAAAUGAAGGGCGGUCGCCUUAACAACCUCAAAUUUGCUAUCCAGCAUCCCAAGGAAACUCUUAUGAGAUCGCGUAGCCCGUCACACUCGCGAUCCAACUCCUUCAACGGUGCAGCGACGCCCACACUCGAUGAGAGCGUUGGCUCGCAAGCUGGUACACCAGAGAGACAGCGCUCUAGAUCUAACAGAUCGAGAUCCAACUCUGCUCUGGGUGCGCCAACAGUCAUGGCUGGCCUGAUUGCCGCUGGUGUUGCAGCGGGCUGGUCGCCUAAUGGACGCGCUUCCAGCGAAGGGCAGGAAGCGCAAGGAAAUGGCUCCAAAAGAACGGAUAGCCAGUAAGAUACACUAUAGCCACGCACGUUAGCAGGAGUUUUCUUGUUCUUUUUCUUCUUUUUCUGCAUCUCGGUUUAUUUUCCCGCAGGGAUUCCACUCGUUGGCCUUUUGUAUCAUCAUAACACACACGAACCCAAAUAGUGUUUAUAUAUCAUUAUUUGUGAAUAUCUACAUAGAAUUUCUCACAUUUACGUCUUUCAACGUGUCUUGCUCCCUCUUCU